AUGUCGCCAGUCACAACAAUAUCGCCUAGUCUCUACUCUCGUGCCUAUAGACCCGCAAUCUAUCCACCAAAGCAGCUGCGGGGUUUCUUGGCCCUACCAGGCGAAAUCAGAAACCAAAUCUACAAGUACUACUUCGACCGGGAGCAUCACUGUGAAGUAGCCGCAAAAGGCAGUCAGUUCAAACAACGGAAACCCCAGACGAUCAAGCUAUGCUUGGGAAUCUCUUCUCAGAAAGAGGGGGCCCUUCUCUCUGGUUCAGAAUCUGACAAUUCUCUUGCUCCGUCCGUUGUGCGCUUCUCCAGAUCAUUGGGUAAGUAUAUUAUGGUACAUGGCCUACAGACCAACUGGCUCAGCUCGCUGUACGCCCUAAGUCUGGUAUGCAAACAGGUCCACCUGGAGACGACCAAAUUUCUCUACUGCAAAACUGUCUUCAUAUUCGAUGCGCCGAAGAGAAUGAAUAGCUUCUUCGGCGUCGUGUCAAGCACCAGUCUGCAAAAUAUAACAAAGUUGCAUCUCCACUACAACACAUAUGGACAUCCUCAGCGGACCGAUCAUCAAGUCUGGCAGGACAAGCACACGCAUAGUUGGUCCAAAGCAUGCAAGACAGCCUCGAAGAAACUCAUCAAUCUUCAACAGCUACAAAUUUGGGUUCAGCUUCACGAUAGUGCCCCCAAGUUUAGUUUGCGAGAGAAAUGGAUAAAGCCACUGUUGCAGUUUCGCAGACUGACGAGUGGAAAGACACGUACGAAUGACCACAUUGGGAAUGCCGUAUUGCUUGAAACAGUCACAAUUCACAUCCAGACUCGCUGGUCCAAGGAACCACUGGCGGUGUUUUUGAACAACCAGCGUCUGGCGCGGGCAAGUACGGAGCUGCAUGUACUGUAUGGCCAAGCCGUCAGUCUGGCAAUCAAGGGGGCCAGGGAAGAAGAAGCCAUGGCCGCUUUCAAUGCUGCGUGGGAAGGAAAGUACAAGCAUUGGAAGCAUCAUCUUCAAUUUGCUCCGACUGGCUGGUAA